AUGGCCUCUCAAACCCGUACCAUCAUCCCCGACAGCGCCACCCGGCGCCAGCGUGAGGAGGAGCUGGUUGCGACAGGCGUUCUGACGGAGCUCCGCAUGGUGCUGAGUAGCGACUCUAAUCCCGAGUAUGCCAUUGGCGAUAACCAGCUCUCCCUGAUGGAGAUCGCACAUGGCAGGGCGCGCGCUAAUGAUUUCGCCCAACACAUCAGCGGAUCCAACAAUCAGAUCGGCCGUCGGCUGGCGCUCAAGGCGGCUGUAUGCGUCAACGCUGCCAACGAGCAGUCAAGCGAGCAACCCUCUAUCAUCUUCAGUACAUCAAACGAGCGCCUGUCAGAGAGGCUUCGGACCGCAGUGGACCUAAAGGCGGAGGGUCUGGCCGAGGCUGGGGCGUCCCCUGGAGGGAGCGCUCGGGUCGUGGCCUUGGUUAGCUUCUACAACGGCAGUAUCAACAACACGCCUGACCAUGCCUAUGUUAGGCUCUCAGUACACGUCAUGGAUAGUGGCGCUGCGAGGGGCAAGUGGUUCGGUGUCUUGGUUGACGAUGUUGCCACCUUCAGCGCGAACGGAGAGAGUGGGGACCAUUACUACCACGAGAUCAUGAGGGGCGUUGGACAACUACAACUUGGAAAGGCUGAGGUCCGGCGGCCAGAGGGGGAGGUCAUGUCUAUCGAUCUGUUCUCGACCCCGGUAGUCAGGCUCAAGCACUUUGUUAUGCGCGACGCAGGCUUGAGCUUCGCCUUCGGCUUGGAAAAAAUCCUCAACCCCAGCACCAGCGCCGAGAAGACUCUCGAGGAAUACAUCUCUAUCUUCGCAGGGUACGCCGCUAACGCGCCGAUGGCUGCUACUCUCCCUGGGGGUGGCCCGUCCUACUUCGCACGCAACGUCCUCCGCCACCGCGGCGUCUGGGAUGUGGAUGAUGACGAGUUGAUCAGCAUGGGCGGCUGA